CUGCUUGCACUGGAAACAGAAGCAACAGCUCCACUGACUGCACUGAGCGUUAACACCGCCUCUUGAGGGAGGAUGAGUCCCAGUUAAAGCCUCUGCUGUCUGCUUCUUUUUUUUGUUUUGUUUUAAACGCACCACCAGGUUUCUUCUGCUGGAGUUUGAGCCUUUGUGAGGAUGGAGCUGAGCAGGAGGAAAGUGCCUUUGUAUGGCCAGGCCAAGGUGUUCACAUUGCUGGAGGGUUUGGACUCGGUGCCGCUGGAUGCAGAGGUCUAUAUUGUUUUGGAAGGAUCCACACUUGUCCAUGUCACCAGGGCUCAUAGUGAUGUCAUGCUCUGCUUUAUAGUGCCUGGACAUAACAAGGCUGAGAUGGUCUCUGUCCAGGCCUACCUGUGCUCUAAAACCACACCCCUCAUCUGGGUGGGCGGAGCCUCACUGGAGUACGUACAAGACGAUGCCCAGGACCUGGCAGAGCACCUGGUAAUCCACGGACAUUGCCUGAGCCCCACGGAUCACAAAGAGCUCAGAAGCUUCUUCAACGUGGGUCAGGAGAGUUCUCGCUGGGCUAUGGAUCGCCGCGUGGCUCUGGCCAUGGCCAACCUGGACAUCCCUCAAAACUGGAAUGUACUGGGGAGUCACAGUGGAGAGGAGCACAGUCCCAGGGAGUCCGUCCUUCACCUGGCCGUGCGUUGGGGUCUUUGUCGACUGGCGGAGCUGUUGCUCUGUCAGCCAGGGGGCUUGAUGGCUGUAAACCUGCCAAACGAAGAGGGAAUCACACCACUGCAGCUGGCACAGACAGCAGGCAGCGCUGAACUCCUGGAGCUGCUCACACACCCACCCAACCCUUUAGCCACGCCUCCGGCAGGUCUGUCCCAGGUGUGGGCAGACCGAACACGCUUGCUGAGGUUCUGCCACGACACGGGGAACCUGACUUUGACUGUGAGACAGAACCUGAGGUGGAGCUCAGAAGAGAGCCGGCACGCGGACAUCCUGCUUCUCAGAGAGCGGCUCAGAGACGAGGACUUCCUCAGAGAGAUCAAGGCACUAAGGAGGGAGAGAUUGGAGAUCAGUGUUGGGAAGGAAGAACUUGUGGAUGAUCCUGCAGAGAAUGAUAUCAAUGGAGGAAAUUCAGCUGUGGAAGAAAAUGACGACGAGGAGCCACUAAUGUUUUGCCUGAACGGGGAGGAUGAAGAGGACGAUCAAUCACAGUCAGACUCUGAGAAAAGCCAGUCCAUAAGAGAAAGCCAGGCCUCAUCCCCAACUCUGGCUGCGGCUGCCAGACUGACGGCGAUGAUACACGGCAAAGAUCGAGUGUAUGCCAACGCCAUGCUGGUGGACCAGGUGGAGGAAGUGGACAUUAGAUACCGCUCUCCCGGACAGGAGGAGGUGAGCCCUUUCUCCAUGACUCCCCCAAACUCAGGAAACUGUCCCCAGCACCGGCACCCAUCCUCACCUCAUAAUGAAGAGAGGCGAAUCCAAGGCCCCAGUCAGGAGAACCAUCGUAUGUCUCCCCCUUCUCCCUGUGCUUCCUCCCCGUCUUUUCCUUCCUCCCCCUUGGCUUCUGCCUUCCGUUUGUUUGAAGGAGCACAUAGGCGUCAGAAACAGUCGUGCCUCCCAGCUUCUCCUACUUUAAAGCGCAGAGGAUGCAGCUUGACGGAGGCAAGCCGCGGCCUGAGUCCCAGUCUGGAGUGUGACAGUGGGGAAGAGGACAUACUGGGACAUUCCUACCCCUGCUCCUCUUUAAAGCAGCAGCCAUUCCUGCGCUCCAGCUCAGGAGAGGAGAGGGAUUCUUUCAACGCGUCUCCGGACAUAAACUGCAUGCAGUCCAACAGCACGCAGACGCCCACCAAGAACCCAGAGGAGGCGGAAGUCCGUCUGCGUUCCUACUCCUACUCUUCCCCCAAAGCAAAGCCAUCAAGGCCGUUGCUAAACCGAGACGCAGCCGUCACUGACCUGGCAGAAGAUGGUGCGUUCAGCAGCGGCAGUCGUUCUCUACUUCAGGCUUUAUUUCUCUCUAAAUCCCUUACUCGUCUCAACCAAGUUAAGCAGAGAGCGUUCACCCAGACAGAGACGCUGAGAGAAAAGAGGGUUUUGGGUUUCCGUAAGCGGGCCCAGUCAGCAGAGGAGGAGAGCAGCGCUUCACUCCAACACCUCACCCUCACAGAGUUCCUCAAAGAGAUCGAGGAUGAGGAGUGGGAUAAAUACAUCAUCCCGUCCAAGGUGGAGUCGGAGAAGUACAAAGUCAGCCGGACCUUCAGCUUCUUAAAGAGCAGGAUGUCCAGCACCCGCAACAAGACCAAGGUGAAGGGGAAAGAGGUGAAAGAGGGGAAGGAGAAGUCGGGAGCUGUGAGUGGACACCAGUUUGUUCCUGUCUCUCCAUCUGGUCCUGCUCUCUGUGUGGCCUGUGAUAAGUCUGUUUCUGGGAAGGAGCUGCUGCAGUGCUCCAGCUGUUUCCUGAACGUCCACAAAAGCUGCAGAGAGUCAGUUGCGGCCUGUGUAAAGAAGCCGCAGGAGAGGAAUGCACUUCUGGUGAAAAGCAAGACCAUGUCUCUCCCACAGAACUUGAUGAAGGACAGCUCUCCAGCCUUCCUCGUCUCCUCCUCUUCAACCUCUUCACUGCCAGCGAUGACCAGAGAGAAAAGAGACAAUGUCGCUCCCCUCACAAAGAGCCUUUCCAUCUCCAUCGACAGCAGGCGUCUGAGUGACUCAGCGGGGAUGGACGGAGAGUGCGCGGCCUCGCUUUGCUCUAACAGUUUGUCUGAUGAGGGGACACCAGUCACGACGACUCCCCCCGCCACUGACGCGCCAAUCCCUACGCAGGAUGCUGUAGAUGCUCCUCUGAUGAGCGACUUGUCAGCAGACCUGCUGGGACUCGAUGCGGAGUCAUGGAGUCUGGCUGUAAGUCCAGAGUUCUGUAGACAACACGACAGGCACACCGUCAAACGACAGGAUGUCAUCUAUGAAUUGAUGCAAACAGAACUGCACCACAUCCAAACCCUGACGGUCAUGUCAGAGGUGUUCAGGAGAGGGAUGCUGGAGGAGCUACAGCUGGACAUGGACUGCGUGGCCCGGAUCUUCCCAUGCUUGGAUCCCUUGCUGCUCUUCCACAGGAACCUCUUCGGAGCGCUGCAGGAACGCCGGCAGGCCGCAAGCCAACCCGACCGCCCCCAAGAUUAUCUCAUCGUUCACAUCGGCGAUAUCCUGCUCCAACAGUUCUCAGAUGAAAAUGCUGAGAAGAUGAAGGAGGUUUACGGCGAGUUCUGCAGUCACCACACUGAGGCUGUCAACGUCUUCAAAGAGCUGCAGCAGCAGAACAAGAAACUGCAAAACUUUGUCAGACAACAAAGCAACAACUCUCUGGUCCGACGGCGAGGGGUGCCAGAAUUUAUUCUGCUGGUGACUCAGCGCAUCACCAAGUAUCCAGUGCUGCUGGAGAGGAUAUUACAUUACACUCAGGAGGGAAGUCAAGAGCACUCUGACUUGUCAAGUGCCUUGUCCCAGAUCCGUGACGUAAUUGCUGCAGUGGACCUGAGUGUGAGUAAGUAUGUGAGGUGUCAGGAGCUGCAGGAAGUGCUGGCCCGGCUGGAGAACAAGAGCUUUGCCAAGCUGAAGAAUGGCAAGGUCUUCCGGAAACAGAACUUGCACAGCUCACACAGGGACCUGCAGUAUAAAGGUCUGGUCUACUGGAAGACUGCCACAGGACGUCUAAAAGAUACUCUGGCACUCCUGCUCACAGACGCACUCGUUUUCCUACAAGAGAAAGACCAGCGCUUCGUAUUUGCUGCUGUUGACCAGAAGCCUCCUGUAAUCCCCUUGCAGAAGCUCAUUGUGAGAGAAGUCGCCAAUGAGGAGAGAGGGAUGUUCCUUAUCUCCGCCUCCUCAGUGGGACCAGAGAUGUAUGAAGUUCACACGACCACCAAGGAGGAGAGGAAUGCAUGGAUGAAACACAUACGUCAAGCUGUGGAGAGUUGUCCCGAGGAAGAGGAGGAGGAGGAACGAAGUGUUGAGUCAGAGGAAGUUAAGCGAGCUGCAGAGGCCAAGGUUCAGAAGAUCACCAAGUUCCAGGAGACACUGCUGGGUCAGGAUCAGCAUAUUUGCAGCAGCCUGGAGGAGAAGCUUCAUUUGUAUGCCGAGCUCACAGAGUUAACCCUCCACUCACCAGAGCCUGUGCCACACCGCCACCUGCUGGUGCAGCCAGACACGGACAGCGAGACGCCACAGCAGGCGUCCUCACUUCUCACAGCUGCGCUCAGAGAAGCAGAGAACCUGAUCACCAUCCUUCAGGCUUCUGCUAGUGCCGCACAGAGUCAGGAGUCUCCUGUGCGAGGACACGAGUGCUGCAGCUACAACAGUCAUGGCAGCAGCAUCCAGGAGUCUCCCUCUGAACCAGAUUAUCUCAGCACGCACAGUGUGAGCUCCACCUCUCUUGGAUCAGACACAGAGUUGACGGGGCUGGACAGCGUGUUGUGGGGAUCCGCUAUUGAGCUGAGAAGAGGAGACACCAAAGGGACGCUGUUAAAGGUGGCAGAGAGCGUCCAGAGCCUGACUCAGCUUCUCUAUAGUCUUCAGGCUGCUGUAACCCUCCAGGACAGCUGGUACGAAGUCCAUAAACUCCUUCUGCAGGACGGAGAAAGACCACAUCUACGAACUCUCACUACCCUCCAAAACAGCCUGGAGCAAGAGAAGCAGAGGAGCCUUGAUAGGAGGAAGGAGGAAGCUGAAAAAAAGGGCACAGACAGGAAGAAAGAAGAAGUGCAUGAGGUGCAGAAACUCAGUAUGAAGCUGAAACAAGAGCAGCAGCGCUGGGACAAAGAGUGUCUGGUCAAAGAGAAACAGCAGAGUGAGCAGGAGAGCGUACUGGAGCGGCGAGAGCAGCAGUGCCUCCUUGAGGCCGAGCGCCUGCGCUGCGAGCGCGAGGAGCUGGAGGCCCAACUGUUGGAGUAUAAGCAGAAUCUGGACAGACUGAGGGAGGGCCAGAGGAGUGUGGAGAGGGAGAAGGAGAGGAUUGAAGCACAGCAGAGGCUUCUCCAGAGCUGGAGACACAACCGCCAGAGCAGCUUGCCUGUUGCAAUACCACUGGAUGGUUUCAAGGUGUCCGGCCACAGCCGCUCAGGCAGUCUGGACGGUUGUUCGUCAGUGUACAGUGAAGCGGCCCUGCUCACCUCGCUGCAGCAACACCAGCCCGUCAACAACAACCAACACCAGUGUCUGAGAAAGAACCGCGACGACUCCGUGCACAGCUCCAGCUACGCCGCCAACCUGGAAAUCAGCGCCAGCCUCUACAACAGCCUCAACACCCUGUUGAGUCAGGCCCACAGCAAACAGCCCCCUGACUGUCUGACGUACCCGAAAUUCGGCAACAGCCACAGCUGCCCUCAGCCUCUGAAUGACUCUGUCCACCCGUUCAACAGCAGAGUCAUGGCACAACCACAGCGGACAAAUAUGACGGGUUUCACUCCACCAUCGGACAAGCGAUCCCUAAGUCCUUGGAGGUUUGAGGUCACAGGUCAUGGACUUUGCGAGGACUACUCCUCCACCUCACCCUCUCUCACCCCACUCCUUCACCCGCAGGCUUACCUCUCGCUUGAAGGACAGAACGGGGAGGAGGGAGGCGAGGAGAAUGUUGUGUAUCUCUGAGAAUCAUGUGAGAGGAACAAACAACACAAGCUGCCUGACGUAUAUAACUGGACCAACAUUAAUAUAUAUAUGUGUGUGUAUAUAUAUAUAUACAUAUAUCUGUUGCUUAUAUGUAUGUGUUUGUGCGUUUGUAUCCAUCUAAAUGUGAUGGAUCUGUGUAAUCACACAAGGGAACAAAUGUAAGGAGGAAGUCCUAUUUGAUGUGCCUUAAUUAGCCCUUAAUCAUUCUCUUUGUGAUCAAACCAUUGUGCCUUUUUGCAAACGAGCAUUUCUAUUUGUAUUUGCUGUGUUUUUAAUUUGACUUCUUUCAAGAGGAGAGGAACCUUUUGUUCUACAAACACUGGGAGCUAAAGUGUCAGGAAAUCUGGAUUAUUAUUUCCCCCCCCUAAGCACUUAUACGAAAAUGGAAAAUGUUUGAGAAGAAGCCAACAGAGAGUGCUAUUAUUGUUCCUACGUCAUGUUCAGCGAUAUUUAUUAGCGGUUGUGAGCAUCUGGAAGAUAUAAAUGAUAUACAUGACAUCAUUGUAUAAAUAAUAAAUAUAUGUAUAGUGUUAUGGACAAGCUACCUAUGCACAACUUCCUUUUCUUUUUUCACACAAGUGCCAAAAAUCUUCUGCUAUCUGAUAUGCUCUAAUUGUUUUCUGUAAACAACGGCUGUAUUUUGUUUUUCUCUGUUCACCUGCUUUUCCUGAUAAUUUAUUGUAUGUAAAUGACUUCAUACACUAUCAAGAUUAAUAAUAUUGUGUUUGAUAUGUGUGCUCUUGUAAUCUUUGUAAUCAAAAGUAUGACGCUCCACAUUCGUAUUGUGCUGUAUAUAAAACUGUGGUGGCAAACGUUA